AUGCAGGUCAGUCCAAGUGUCGCACUGAAAGGAGCAAUGCCCUGGAGCAGUCGAGAAGGCCUCAUGACUCCACAUUUAUUCCAGAAUGCAAUGGAGAUGGAACAUAUGCCCAGGUUCAGUGUCACACUCAGACAGGCUACUGCUGGUGUGUCAACGUUGAUGGCAAGCCAGUGAGUGGCUCCUCUGUGCGGAACAAGACACCGGUGUGUUCAGGAUACCUCCGUGAAAAUAUGGGAACUAAUGCUGGGAAAAGUGGAUUGUCAGGAUCGGUAACUGAUAAGCCACCUGGGCCACCCACCACUGGGAAAAAAGACGAUGGCUCCAAACCCACACCUACGAUGGAGACGCACGUCCCUCCUGAGGAAAUAACUGCUCCAACGCUCUGGAACCUGGUUUAUAAGGAGAAUAAACAAAACAACUCCACCUCCAGAAAGCAAGAAAAAGGACCCUCUUGUGACCAGGAGAGACAGAUCAGCCUGGACUCAGCUGGCCAGACUUCUUACAGCAGCCUGUUUAUUCCAGACUGUGGAACUGGAGGGCUUUACAAAGCUGUCCAAUGCCACCAGUCCACUGGCUACUGCUGGUGUGUUCUGGUGGACACGGGACGACCCAUUCCUGGAACCUCCACCAGGUACAAGACCCCGGAGUGUGAUGAAGAUGCACGAUCUCCAGUUCCUGAGCCAGAAGAUCCAUUCCUGGACAGACCGCUGACAGGCUGUCCAGAGGAGAAGAAAGCAGAAUUCAUUACAAGCUUGUUAGACGCCCUCACCACAGACAUGGUCCAAGCUAUAAACUCACCAGCUCCCUCUGGUGGCGGGAGGCAGCUCAGUAUCAAGUAGCAUCCUUGGGACAAGGCAAGGACCAAAUUUAUUCAUAGGGCGUCUGGUGUGACGAGAGGACCGAGAGGCUGAGCUGAAAACAGAGAAGACAGCGGGAAGACUUCUGACAAAACACAACAACAAUUAAAAAAAUGAAAAGUGGCGCCAAAAUAUUUGCACUUUUUCCUUUCUGUGUUUGACUUUUUACCUGUUUUUACUUGUUGAAGUGACUGAAAAUGUGUAGGUAGGAACAACAAUAGAUUUGUCACGGUUCACCACUGGA